AUGGCCUCCCGUCGCAGGACGUUCCAAAUCAUUCUCUCCAUCCUCGCUCUCUUCCUGCUCGGCACCGUCGUCGUUCUCUCAUCCAUAUCCUACUAUUUAUCUAUCCCAGACGUAGCCUACAUCACAGAGGACGAGCUCGAUGCACCCUUCAACGAGCCCAAGUGGAACGCAUCCGACCAUGGAAAGGUAGAACGGAUCCCGAAAAUCCUUCACCAGACCUGGAAGUCAGAGACGCUCCCGCCGAAGUGGAAGGGCAUCUCAGAGGAGUGCCGAGCGAUGAUGCCCGACUACGAGUACAUGCUCUGGACGGACGCGAGCUCGCGCGAAUUCAUUGCAGAACAAUACCCCUGGUUCUUGGAUACCUUCGACUCUUACCCCUAUCCCAUCCAACGUGCAGAUGCAAUCCGCUACUUUAUUCUUCACUACUAUGGCGGCGUUUACCUCGACUUGGACAUCGGUUGUCUCCGCCGUCUCGACCCUCUCCUCGUCUACCCUGUUAUCCUUCCCCGCACCAUCCCCGUCGGCGUCUCAAAUGACCUCAUGUUUGCCGAGAAAGGUCAUCCCUUCAUGGCACAGACCAUCCACAACCUCGUUACCUUCAAUCACAACUGGGUACUCAAUUAUCCCACCGUCAUGUUCUCCACCGGUCCUAUGUUCGUAUCGGCACAGUACGGACUCUACACCGCCUCUCAUCCCAAUACCGACGAAUAUCCAGGCAGCGAAAUCCGCAUUCUUCCCAAGUCGCUCUACGGCAAGAACGCGAAGGCGGGCGAGGCUCCUCAUUCGUUCUUCUCGCACUUCUAUGGGAGCAGCUGGCACGCCGACGAUGCUGCGUUCAUCGGUUUCUUGGGCAAGUGGGGAAAGAUCUUGAUGUGGGUUGGUCUUGCCAUCCUCAUUAUUGGAGUCUUGCGCAUGUUCCUCAUGUCGAGCAAGAAGAACAAGUAUGGUGGUCUCAGCAGGAGGAUGGGUGGAGCUUACGAGGUAUUAUUGCCCCGUUGGAACGAGCGGAAUGGACGCUGGCGUCUCGACAUAGGUUUCAUCUCAUUGCCCGGGCGCGUCACCCCUUCAGCGACCCCGAGCAGUCCAACAUCCAGUACGAGCGACGACGAGGUGGCCUUACUCCCCCUUUCCAUCGGCAUGCGCCCAUCAUCGCCCGCACCAUCAGAAGUCUCCACCGUCGAUCAGAGUUACGGAUCCUACAAUCCAGCGUCUGGCAUCGUCAGGAGGGUACGAGAUGGCAUCGCCUCUAUCUUUGGAGCAGGAUCAGAAUCCUCCAGGUCCCGCUCUAGGACCUCCCGACGACGAUCACGGCAGAGGGGCGUCCUCUUUUUCCUGCCCGCCUUUGCGACAGGCGGCGACAUUUCCCUGUCAGCAGAAGAGGGUUCAUCACGAUACUCGCAAACCGCCCCUCUCGUCCCCUCCUUAUCACGAAAUAACUCCUAUCCGGCGGACAAGCGCACAUCACCGGAUCAUGCUGACGAUGAUAUCGAGUCUGCACUUAUGGGCGAAGACGCAUCGUCGUCGUCCUCUGCGCCUCCUGCUGGUCUCCGUCUACCAUCGUACGCCGAAGCUGCCGUAUCGACAUAUAGGCCUCCGACGCCGGACGCAAGUAGUUCACGGAGACCAUAUUCUCACCAGAAUGUGACGCCCUCGGGUUCAUUAUCGUAGUGGGCUCGCAUCCUUGGUCGUAGGUUUUGGCAGUUAAAGGUGGAAUACUUCAUUUGGGCAUCAUGGGGAAAUAGGAUCAUCGUUCAGGACAGUGGUUGAGUAGAAGCAGUAGCCGGACUUCAAGGACCCUGCUCUAUUUAAGAAAGAAAUUGGCCCGGCGCCGUAUUGGAGCAGUGACAAGCUAUCUUACCGUACGUACGCAACGCAACGCAUCGUUAUCGCUCCUUGAGAAAUCGCGGUCUUUGUUUCCGUCUGCAUCUGCACAUCACAUAGUUCAUCAGAGUCGUCGAGCAGCACCAGAACCAAACAGAACUUUAACAUUCAUCCGCUCCUUGUUUCUUGUUUCCAUCUCUAAUCGUUUCUUGCAGCACUUAUCUAUCGCCAGCAUAGAACAGACAGCAUGAGACUUUCAACUAUUUACAGCUUUCGCUUACAGCCUAUCGUACUCCUUCCCGUUGCCUAUUUUCCCUUCCUAUUCUACACUUUCCCCUCUUGUUUUUCGUUCCAAGUCGCAUGGCCCCUUCCAAGCACCUUUCCCCUAUACAUCAUUGACCAUUCUUCAUCGGUUGCAUGAGUGCGACGGCGCUCCGGAUCCUAAGUGGGGCGCACACUUAUACAGCUUUCCGUCCUUUCCCCCCGAUUCAUAUUUGACGUUUCCGCCGGACCGUGGACAGCAAUUCGCAUUCACUCCCUCGCUGUCAAUGGAUCCGUACAGCCCCUGAACGGCACUACUUACGUUCAUGUAUUGAGUCAUGUAGGAGCUCCUGUCAAAA